AUGAACCAGGACAGAUACAAGAAGUUGGUCUUACCUGACAACCACCUUACCAGUCCAGACCUUGAAGUAAUGAAUUUUAUAUCAGCAAGACAAGGUAGCAUAAAGAUUGAAGGAGGGAAUGGGAAUGUGACAACACAACAAAAUGCUUUGGAACAGCUGGAACCUGACUAUUUUAAGGACAUGGCACCAACCAUCAGGAAAACACAGAAAAUCAUCAUUAAGAAGAGAGAGCCCUUAAAUUUUGGCAUCUCCGAUGGUAGUACAGGUUUCUCCAGCAGAUUAGCAGCUACUCAAGAUUUGCCUUUUAUACAUCAGUCUUCUGAAUUAGGUGACUUGGAUACCUGGCAGGAAAAUACCAAUGCAUGGGAAGAAGAAGAAGAUGCAGCUUGGCAAGCAGAAGAAGUUCUAAGGCAGCAGAAGAUAGCAGACAGAGAACAGAAUGGGGAGCAGAACAAGGAUAGUGGAUGUUUAUUGGAUGUUUGUUGGAUGAUGGUGGUGAUCGCUCCUGAAUUCCUGAAUGACUUUAUACCUGUGGGUUUUACGUUCGCUGCCAUUGUCAAAGCAAAACUUGAAAAGCAGAAAAUUAAACUGGCAAGGAACACCUUAUUUAAGGCUGUUGCAAUAUGGGAGACAGACCUUAGUAUGGAGCAAAAGGCUGGAAUGUUAAGGGCUAAGGUCCUUGACUCUGUCCUUCUUCCUGCCAUAUUCACUUUCCUGGAUCCAUUCUUAAUCAGUGUCUGUGCCUUGCGGGCUCCUGUGGCUCAGCGAUGA